AUAAACCCUGUUUCACUCACAGUUUGUUGUGAUUAUAUCAGACGUAGUUAGUCUCACAGUAAUUCGCCAGAUUUCGGAUUUACUCUGAAAUUAGUGAUUUGUUUUGGUGUGCAACAACAGGUCAAACUGGUGAAAUAUCAGAGCUGAAAACUAAAAAUAUUUGAUAGCUCCGAAACAUUGCUGUUAAAUACAUGUUAUAUCAGUCUCAAGAUUUAACAUUUUUAAAAGAAUGGAAUGUCCCCAUCUGUUGGAAAAUGUAAAGGGAUAUGAAAUUGUUUGUAACAAGAAAAUCAAGAAUGAAAAUGUACAGAAUUGGACUUGCUCAGUUUGCAGGUCAAACAAAAGUCCAUGGAUGUGUGUAACAUGUUGUCUUGUAGGAUGUGGAAGAUAUGUAAAUGGACAUUCAAAAAAUCAUUGUGAAGAUAGCACACAUCCUGUUUGUAUCAGCUGUGACAACUACUCUGUGUUCUGUUACAAAUGUGAUGAAUUUGUUGUGAAUGAUACCAAAACAGGUGGAAUACAACAGAUACGAGUAUAUCUCCAGGAGAUUAAUAGUGCUUUGCAUGACCGAAAAGUGAAACGUGGGGCAGAGUCUUCUGAAGAAAAUCAGCCACCUCGAAAAAAGAAUUCUUCAAAUUCUGUCAAGGCCAAGUUUCCUGGGCUUCGUAACCUUGGUAACACCUGUUUCAUGAAUGCUGUGCUCCAGUCAUUGAGCAACAUUCAAGACUUUUGCGGUUACUUCAAACAAUUACCGGCAGUUGAACUACGAAGCGGCAAAUCUGCGGGGAAAAGAGUUUACAAUACACGUAAUCUAAAGCAGGAUGAUUUAUCUUUAGCAGAGGAAAUACGUAAAACGUUGUGCUCACUCUGGCGAAGUGGAGAGAUGGCAAUUUCACCAGAGGAACUGUUCACGAUAAUGUCAAAGCUAUUCCCACGGUUCAGGGGCUAUCAACAGCAAGAUGCUCAUGAGUUCAUGCGCUAUCUACUGGAUAGGCUACAUACUGAACUGCAGGGGGCGCCCUGUCCUAGUAAUCACUGGAAGCCAAGUAAUGGCAAGAGCACCAUAGUAACUUUGAUAUUUGGCGGUCUUCUACUUAGCGAGGUUGUGUGUCUGAAGUGCAGCUCUGUAUUCAAGAAAAUUGAUCCAUUUUUAGAUCUAUCAAUAGAUAUACCUGUUAAGUUUCGAUCAAGGAGCUCAAAAUCAAAGGAAGGUUCCACAGUAUGCCGUCUCGAAGACUGUAUACAAAGCUUUACAGAGAAAGAGGAACUAGCAGACUCAGAACAUUACAUGUGUACAGAAUGUAAAAAAAGAAGGCCCUCAACGAAGAAAUUCUGGUUGCGAUGUCUACCAAAUGUAUUAUGUCUACAUCUAAAACGGUUUCAUUGGAACAGUUAUCUGCGAAGUAAAAUUGAUACGUAUGUUCGCUUUCCAGUCCGUAAUCUUGAUAUAAAUUCCUUUGUCUUGCAUAAUAAUGAGGAUGACAAUGAAAAUUUUAAACCAGGAUUGUACGAUUUAGUUGCAGUGGUUGUCCAUCAAGGAUCUGGUGCGGGAACAGGCCAUUACAUUGCAUAUGCUCUACAUGAAGGACAAUGGUAUUGCUUCAACGACAGUACUGUGACAUGCGUUGACGAGUCUACGAUUUUGAAAUGCAAGGCAUACCUGCUAUUCUAUGCCAGCCACACUCCAGUUGAGAAAGACUCAUUUGUGAUGGCUGAAAGACUACAAAAAGAGUUCAACGCUUCCUAGCAUCUCCAAUGAGGAGAGUAGAGAAAAAGGUCGGGAUACUCAGGUCAGGUCAAGAGCAGGUCACACAAGCAAGUGGAGAUACCUCAACAGCAGAGGAUGGCAAUUGUGUAUCAUAUGGAAAAUCUUUGCAUCCUAUAUUUCUAUUAUUGCUUCAGAUUUCCAAGAAAGCAUAAAACUGUUGCUAGGUAACCAUAUACAGUAAUUAUGUUGCUAAGCAAGCAUAAUAUGUUGCCAUGCAACCAACAAAAUGUUGCAUAACAGUAAGACUAUGAAGUAAUUGCUAUAAUGUGUUGCUUAAGUAACCAUAUGGAUAUACUACAAGUAACCAUGAGAAUAUUGUUGCUAUGUAACCAUAUGAAUAGUUGCUAAGUAACCACAAAAAAUUCAGUUGUGUGUAUGACCAAAUCAAUGUGGUUCCUCAUCAUUCUAUGGUGGGUAAAUUAAAAAAAGCAACAAAGUUAAAGUUGCUGAAGAAGUUAAAAAAUAUUGCUGCUAGAUUUUUGUGCUUAGUGAAAUAAUUAGCCAUAUUAUUUUUGUAUGUCAUGUAGGUAUUAUUAAGUUAAGAUGGAAAAGGGUCACACUUUUCAAUUCCUUGAAGUAAUUUGAUUUUCUUAAUUUUAUUAAUUAGAAAUUUUAUUCAAAAUUGUGAUCAUAUCAACCACCCCACCCACCCACUUCCUUUCUCUCAUGACAAAUUAAUCUUUUAUGUCUCCAGCAAGCCUGCAUUUCUAAUUUAUGUAAAUAAAUAUGCUAAUUAUUUAUUUGCAUAUAUAAUUUCAUUCAGUGUUAGCAUGAGGUAACAUGCAUAAAUUAGUAAUCCAUAAUAUAUAUAACUAUGAUAAUGACAUGCAUCUUUUCAAGGUGCAUGUGAGUGUUUUAAGAAAAAAUGUAAAAGAAUUCUUGAAUGAUCAUUAAGUGCAUCCAAAAUUUCAGAAUAUUUAAAUCUAAAUAUAAACAUGUAUAACAGUUCAUGUCACCACGACCUGUUAAUUAAUUAUUCAAGCAACUAUUACUAUUGGACUAUUAAUUUAAAACACAUUGCAUGGUUGUUAUUGGUGAAAGGGUUUUGCAUCAGCUACAGUUGUCUUGUAGAACAAGUCCGCUUAUAUAGGAAGGUGUUCCUACAUUAAAUAAUGAAUUAAUUCUGGUAAAACUGUAAACGUUAAUGCUUUUUUUUUUUAACCUUUUUUUAGAAAUAUCAAAUUGUAACAAUUAAUAAUUUUUCAUUGAGAUUAUUUUGACUAUCUGAGCAAAGAGCAGAUGAGGGAGUUAUUUGGAAAAUACACCAAAAUAAUUAAUCAACUUUACUUUGUAAUUGAUAAAUGAAAUCAUUUGAAAUUUAUUUUAAUUUCAUCAUUUCAUAUUUUAAACAUUUAUGACACUAACCUUAUGAAGUAAAUAUAGCAUUGUUUUAUUAUUUACUUUAAAUGUUAUAAUUUAUGUUUGGAAAAAUCAGUAAAAUUUAGUUUAUUUCACCUGAAAGUAAAAUGCACUUUUUGUUACUAGUUAAAAAUACAAAAUCAAAUUCAAAAUUAAUUUAAACGUUAAAAAUUUUUGAUUUUUAUUACAAUAUCAUUCCAUCGUUCUUGCAACAGCACCCUCUAGUGGUGAAACUGACUUAUUUAAGAGACAUACAACUACUUGUAGAAUUGUUUUCCAUUUCCAAAAAUUAAAAAAAUCAAUUAUUUAACAGCAAUAAUUAAAGGUUAUCAUAACAUUAUGUUACAACAACUUGUUUCUGUUGGAUAAUACACAAGAAUAGUGUAACAAGCAUAUUUUGUAAAUAUGCCUCUUUUUACAAAAUUGACAUUAUUGUUUUUGGCCAAUGUGAAUGCACCAGCAAGACAUUUCAGUUGAAAAUUCUUAUGAAUAAUGCUAAUGUCAUGAAUUGUGUAAACAGCCAAUAUAGUACAAUCCUGUGUGAACAGACCAUACAACAAUAUGAGGCUUGUCAUCCCAAAACCAGCGUACUGUCGCUAAAUGUUAAAUGAGCAUCAGAAUGUGGCAGCAUUGUAUACUGUAGUACAGCUGUAAUACUUUUACUCAAAACUUUUGCAGUUACUAGUAACUCAAUUCAAGUAGAAAUUUUUAAAGCUUAUAAUGUGGAGAAUAUGAAUUUAUUAAAAAGUCAAUGAUGCUGGUUUUGGCAUGGCAAGCCCCAUAUGUUCUUAAUGUGAACUGACGCUAUUAUUUUGAAAGGACCCUUAUGGAAGCAGUAGACAUUAAAGUAGCAGUAAUAGUAGUAGAGUCUUUUUGAACGUGCUUAAGUUCUGAAAUGAAUGCAAAUUUUUGAACUUGUAAACAAUUUAAAUGUUGUCAAUAAGUUAUCCUUCCCAAAUGUUUCCACUGUCUAAUAACUUUUCUUUACAUUUCUUUGACCAAUUUUAAUCAAUUUUCUUUUUUAAAAGAAUUCCAUUGUAACUGUGUGUAGUAAAUUAACGAAAUAUGUAAUUCAGCAAA